AUGUCUGUUCAUAUGGAGCUUCCAUUUUUGCUUCGUGUAGUAUUAGAAUUUACUAUGAAGGAGGAGCUUAUUAACUUUAUGUGUAUCAAUCACAAAUGUGAAGAUGUCAUUCGCUCUCUUAAAAUCACACCGAAAUUCAUUAAUAUCCCGUCGUAUCGAUGGUUCUUUACUCACUUUACUCCCGACACAUUAGACUGCCACUGUGUUGAUGCGUCGUUUCAAUCAUACUUAGAACAAGUCAAAUGCAUUCGGUCGCCAACACUCGUCUUCUUUGCAAAGGACAAACUCCUCACCGACGAGUUUGCCUCGAAGUUCUUCCCCAAAAUCACACGAAUUGUAUUAUACUCGUCGGAGAACAGAGCAUCACCAAAUAUCGAGUAUAUCAAAGAGGUGAAUGCAAUGGUUUUAAAGCACUCCCACGACUUCCAGAAGCUCGUUCACUUGUCCGGGGACAUCAAAACGAUCACCGAAUUUCUUGAAAGUUACACAGAAAAUGGAAAGGAGAAAUACAUCAAAUUGCCUUCGAUCAUUGUUUUAAAUUCACUGCGAGGAUAUUCAAUACAAACAAAUUACGAAGUGCUGUCGUACAUUAAGAGGAUAGAAGUCUGCGUCCCCGACAAUGGUGUCUCGCAGAUCUUUCUCAUCUCCUUUAGACAAGCGGAGAAUGAAAACGACUUCGUUGAUUUCAGAAGGGUGCAGUAUUACUAUAGAAACGUCCACAGUCGGAUGUGCACAAAAUGGAGCGACCACUUAUAUUGCGAGAAAGGUGUCGUGAACGUGGAAGGACAAGUUAAUGGAAAUGCGAUCAAUCGGACUAUUGAAAACGUGUAUCCCUAUACAGUAGAGAUGAGAUAUGUCAACACAAUUGAUCCCAAAUUUGAGUUGUGGAGUGUGCCGAUGUGUAUACAAGACUUCGUAUUAAUUAAUAGUCGAGUUGACGUCCCCGCUGUGUUUCCAAUUACAAUGCCGGGCAUCAAGACACUCAAAUUAUUCGAAGUCGAUAAUUUCAUCUUCUCCACGAACUUCGAGAACGUCGAGACAGUCGUUUUAAAGAAGUGCAUACGUGUCACCUUUGAUGAAAAAACACAAUUUGAGAAAUUGAGAGUGAUGUGGAUAGAAAGUUGCACGCUUAUAUCAUUGAAAGGAUACACAAAAACGGAAUUAGAACGAGUUACUAUAAAGGCGACGCGUUCGGUAGAUAUAGAGAAGCGCAACGACAACUUGAAAAACAUCGACUUGAUCAAUAUCAUUGAUAUCAAAAUUAUGAGUGCGAAUGCGUCGUGUGAUGUGUAUAUAGAGAACGGGAAAGCAAUUCAAAUUAGUCAACGUGUUUUUGAUCACGAAAUCACUGUUUUUGAGUCGAUACCGGACACCAACUACAAUCGAAAUGAGCGUGGAUAUAAAAUGAGGAGAUUCAUACCAAUGUCCUUGGAGUCAACUGUCGAUCAUAAUGUGAUCAGUCGAUUUGAUGACUACGAUCCGAUAUAUAAAGGAAUUGAUAUGGUCACCUCGCGCUUUUUCUCAAGUAGACUCGACACAUCUGCGCUUGAAAUCAAGGUGUUAAGGAAUAAUAAUUCUUCCUUAUUAGAUUGGGAGUACAUCGAAACAGUCACUGCGCCGGAUGGCUUACAGAGCCCAAAUUUUUUAAUUCAAAAAGUGAAAGGAGUGAGGUAUUACGAAGUUAAUGUCACGGGAGUUUCGAUCAUGUCGAUUGGUGUGAUCAAUCGAGUGCGAUACGACGAGUUUAUGGGGUGCCAUGUGGGGUGGUAUAAUAACUCGAUAGGGUAUCACAGUGAUGACGGGAAAGUGCAUUCAACGUUACUCACAAGAGACGAACGUGAUGAUGAAUUUUAUGCAUAUGGGAAUGAUAUAGGCUUUGUUAAUGUAGUUGGGUGUGGGUAUAUACAAAAGACUAAAGAAGUCUUUUUCACGAUCAACGGAAAUCUGUUGGGGAAGUACAAAAUCGAUUUUGAUGAGUUGUCUGCAGCUAUUGCGUUUGAUGUCACGAAACCAAUUACUGUCAAUUACGGGAAUCUCCCAUUCGCUUUUGAUGUGAAAAAGAUGGAAGUCAUUGAUGAAGUGAAAGACGAGAAUGAGGAUUAUAUAAAUUAUAAUAUAAAUUAUAACUAUUCUGAAAGUGACUCUUUGUCGAUGAGUGAUGACGACUAA